ACCCUCAUGCUUGACCGCUCCUCCCUAGUGUCUUGGGAGUUAUUCCGAUGAUGACACGGAGGGGCGUCGUAUACCUUUAUCUCGAGGUAGACCUACGCACUGGACAAAAUCAUCCACAAAAAUAAAAUACUAUCCAGUUUAUUAUCAAAAACUCGUGAGGAAGUAUACCGCCGAUCGGGACAAUUUGUGGAAACUUCACUUACGUAGGAGGAUUGCAGGCAACAUGGGAAAGGGAAAGGUUCUAUUCGAAAGUAAAAUGGCUCAAUUAUUCAUGACAUGUCUUUUACUGGCUGGUGUUGCUGCCACAGCAUCCUUCAACUGCUAUGAUUGCGCAUCAUUAUUGAGUCUAAACUUCAGGUGCGAAACUGGACCCGAUAACACCACAUCGACAACAUGCAGGACAUUUUGCUAUACUGAUGUGCUUACUCAAGCAGGGGUUCGUUCAUUCAUGAAACGAGGUUGUACUACGGAGCUAGAGUGUACUGAAGGUUCAACCUGCCGGGAGUUGUCUCGCACUGGAUCCUGUCGCUCAUGCUGCCAGUCAGAACUCUGCAAUGCCGACUACCCAGAUGAUCUGAGCUAUAAGUCAACAUGGGUGCCAUCUGACCUUAAGAACAGUGCAGCAAACACGCUAGCAAGAAUCACUUUGGUAGCUUUUAGUUGUAUGGUAUCAUUGGUUUAGCAAACUUCCCUUUGUAUUGCGUUUAGAGCAGAGCUUUGCUCUUUUUGAAGGUCGUCUAGAUGUAUCCGCCAUUGAACACUGCAUCACUUAUUAAUGCUAUAAUUUUAGUUUAAAUAGUAUGAUAUCGAUGUUAUGUCACAGGAUUGAAAACCAACAAUUGAAAAACCUUACUUAAAACCCCUAAUACAAAAAUCAUUCUGCCUUGUGAUUGGUUUAGAGCACGUCACAUGAUAUCAAGUUGUUUGGCAUUGUUUGCUUGCAGAGUUUUGAUGAGUGGAACAUGAAUAAACAAUUAACUAAGGUUUAAAAAAUUAGUUUCCAUGUUAUUUACAAUUAAUUUGAAAAUAAGCCCGACCCGAGAGGGCGCUGUUCGUGACGCUGUUCUUUGAGUAGAGAGUCAAUGAUGAUGACCUUUAGUGAGUAACAUCUAUUAGACCUUUACCAUCGAUUAGACCUUUCGAGUGAGUAAUAAUGAGUGUAGGUUGAGCAGCUCAAAUUUUGUGUAUCUCAACAUUAUGCAUAAAAUAACAAACCUGUGAAAAUGUGCGCUCAAUAGUUCGUCGAAGUUACAACAGCAAGAUAAUAAUGAAACGAAAACACAACAUUGUCACACGAAGUUGUGUGCUUUCAGUUGCUUGAU